CAUCUUUUUCACUCUUCUCUAUUUUUGUGAAAGUCCAUGUACUUCCUGUCAAUACAGAGCAUUAACCUGAGGGCAGUCUUUCAAAUAUGCGGUAUCUUCUUAUUGUAGUUUGCGUUUGUAAUGAUGACUUAUCCCUUAGGUCCACUCGGUAAGAAAAUUUACCAAGGAGUUAUUACUUGAAACACGGAUACAUCUUUUAUAUAGCUAUGAUGGCAUCUACCAGUGAUACCAAGAUCUGUAAGAACCAGGAUGGACUUUUGGAAAUAAAAAUGGAAGAAGAGUGUAAGUAUACCACCAGACAAGAUAGGAACUUACAAAAGAACACUUAUAACAGAGACGUCUUCCGAAAAUACUUCAGACAGUUUUGCUACCAGGAAACAUCUGGACCCCGGGAGGCUUUGAGCCGACUCAGGGAACUUUGCCGUCAGUGGCUGCGACCAGACUUGAACAGCAAAGAGCAGAUCCUGGAGCUGCUGGUGCUGGAGCAGUUCCUGACCAUCCUGCCAGGGGAGCUGCAGGCCUGGGUGCAGGAGCAGAAUCCCGAGAGUGUGGAGGAGGUGGUGACUGUGCUGGAGGAUUUAGAGAGAGAGCUUGAUGAACUAGGAUACCGGAUCUGUUGGUGGACAGCAAGACUUGAGUGGUGUGACUUUGAUGAAUUCUUCACCAGUGCUAGGGCCUCAGUCCAAAUUGAAGAACGGGAAAUGUUGCGGGAGACGAAGCCUUUAGCAGCAGAGCCGAAACCCAGUGUGUCCCUUCAAUUUGUCAAAGCCAAGCCAGGGUGUGGACUUGCAGAGCAUGAAACCCAGGAGGAGCAAGUUUCAGGUGUUGAGACUGGAAAUGAGUCCAGAAAUGUAACUCUAAAGCAAGGCCUCUGGGAAGGAAUGGAAGCAGAACAGAAUCCCUCUAGCAGGUUAGCAAAGGAUGUACUUGAGUGUGAAGAAACUUGUAACCCUGGAGAAGAGUCUUUUGGUGUUUCCCAGGAAGACAGCCAGCCUCUGCAUAAUGAAAAUGGGGUAAAUUUAGCUGAGAACUCAGACCAUGCUGAACACCAGAACAUCUGUCCAAGGCGAAAAGUGCAUGGGUGUGAUGAGUGUGGAAAGACUUUUACUCAGCACUCCCGCCUCAUAGAGCAUAAGAGAGUCCAUACUGGAGACAGGCCCUACAAAUGUGAAGAAUGUGGGAAAACUUUCCGAUGGAGGACUGUUCUUAUUCGACACAAGGUGGUACACACUGGGGAGAAGCCGUAUAAAUGUAAUGAAUGUGGCAGGGCUUUUGGCCAGUGGUCAGCUCUUAACCAACAUCAGAGACUUCACUCAGGAGAAAAACACUACCACUGUAAUGAAUGUGGCAAAGCCUUUUGCCAGAAAGCAGGCCUCUUUCACCAUCUCAAGAGCCACAGAAGAACCAGACCUUAUCAGUGUCUUCAGUGUAAUAAAAGCUUUAAUCGCCGCUCUACACUUUCUCAGCACCAAGGAGUUCACACUGGUGCAAAACCCUACGAAUGCAGUGAUUGUGGGAAAGCUUUUGUUUAUAACUCAUCUCUUGCUACCCAUCAGGAAACCCAUCACAAGGAGAAGCCCUUCACUCAAAGUGGUCCUACUCAGCAACAGGGGAACCACACCAGGGAGAAGCCCUACAAGUGCAGUGUAUGUGGAAAAGCAUUUGUUCAAAAAACAAGUCUUGCAGAACAUGAGCAAAUUCAUUCUGGAGAGAUCUGAUAAGUGUGCUGAGGGCAGGAAGGCCUUUAUUCAGAUGUCAGAACUCAUGGAACAUUAGGGAACCCACACUGUGGGAAGGUCCCACAAAUGUGAUGAAUGUGCCAAGACCUUCAGAUGGGAGUCAGCUUAGUAAGCACUAGAAAUCUAUAGUAGACGUGGUCCCUAAAAGUGUCAUGUGUGGGGGGAAUUAUUCUCACAGAACUCAACUCUUAUCAUCAGACUAGUCAUAAAAGAGCAAAAAGUCUGUGUGAUGACUACAGGGAAGCCAUCUCAGUGUAGGCUGGUGAGAAAUACUGUAUUUGUAAUGCUUUGUGGUGACACUUCAGCCUUUGCUGCUCUGAGACCAUAAAUAUUUGAUGAGCA